CAGUGGGGAUGGCGGAGCCGCGCAGAGUGGCGUUCAUUAGCCUGUCACCGGUGAGGCGGCGCGAGGCCGAAUACCCGGGGGCCGAGCGCGAGCCCGAGUGCCCCCGCGAACCCCCCCGGCUGGAGCCGCAGCCGUACCGCGAGCCGGCCCGGGCGGAGCCACCGGCCCCGCGGGAGCCGGCCCCCCGCUCGGACGCGCAGCCCCCGCCGCGGGAGAAGCCGUUCCCCCAGCGCGAGGUCAGCCGCGCCGAGCCGCCCAUGUCGCUGCAGCGCGAGCCCCCGCGGCCCGAGCCGCCGCCGCCGCCGAUCCCUCAGCUGCCCUUGCAGCCGCCCCCGCCGCGGGAGUCGGCUUCUCGCGCCGAGCAGCCGCCGCCUCCGCGGGAGACGGUGCGCCUGGAGCUGGUGCUCAAGGACCCCACCGACGAAAGCUGCGUGGAGUUCAGUUACCCGGAGCUGCUGCUGUGCGGAGAACAACGGAAGAAGAUUGUUCAUACAGAAGACCCAUUUAAUGAUGAGCAUCGGGAGAAGCAAGAGGUAGAAAUGUUGGCUAAGAAGUUUGAAAUGAAAUAUGGUGGGAAACCCCGUAAGCACCGGAAGGAUCGGCUACAAGAUUUAAUUGACAUAGGCUUUGGCUAUGAUGAGACAGAUCCAUUUAUUGAUAACUCAGAGGCUUAUGAUGAAUUAGUACCUGCUUCUUUAACAACAAAGUAUGGAGGCUUUUAUAUCAACACUGGCACUCUGCAGUUUCGCCAAGCUUCAGAUACUGAAGAAGAAGAUAUCACAGACAACCAAAAGCACAAGCCACCCAAGGUUCCCAAAAUAAAAGAAGAUGAUAUCGAAAUGAAGAAGCGGAAACGAAAAGAGGAAGGGGAAAAGGAGAAGAAACCAAGGAAAAAAGUACCUAAACAACUGGGAGUUGUGGCUCUAAAUUCACACAAGUCUGAAAAAAAGAAGAAACGAUAUAAAGAUUCUCUUUCUCUAGCUGCCAUGAUUCGAAAAUUUCAGAAAGAGAAGGAUGCAUUAAAAACAGAGUCUAACCCCAAAGUUCCUGUGACCUUAUCGACCUCCUCUCUUACCAAGCCUCUUUGUGCUGCUACAGCAUUGGGGAAUGACGUCCCAGAAUUAAAUCUGAACAGCACUGAUCCAGAGCUCCCCAUUUUUGUUAGCACAAAUGAACACGAAUUGUUUCAGGAAGCUGAAAAUGCCCUAGAGAUACUGGAUGAUUUCGACUUUGACAGAUUACUGGAUGCUGCUUCUGAUGGUAGCCCCCUAUCUGAAUCAGGGGGAGAAAAUGGAAACACCACCCAGCCAACCUUCACCUCUCAGGUUAUGCCUAAGGUGGUACCUACACUCCCAGAAGGUCUACCUGUACUUCUUGAAAAACGCAUCGAGGACCUCCGUGUAGCUGCCAAACUUUUUGAUGAAGAAGGAAGGAAAAAAUUCUUUACACAGGAUAUGAAUAAUAUUCUUUUAGACAUUGAGUUGCAGCUACAAGAAUUAGGCCCUGUUAUUCGUAGUGGUGUCUACUCCCAUCUUGAAGCAUUUGUGCCAUGCAAUAAAGAAACACUGGUAAAACGGCUAAAGAAGUUACACCUCAAUGUCCAGGAUGAUCGUUUAAGAGAACCUCUGCAAAAACUGAAACUGGCUGUUAGCAAUGUUAUGCCUGAACAGCUAUUUAAAUACCAGGAGGAUUGCCAGGCUCGUAGUCAAGCUAAGUGUGCCAAGUUGCAAACAGAUGAAGAACGAGAAAAGAAUGGAUCUGAGGAAGAUGAUGAUGAGAAACCAGGGAAGCGUGUCAUAGGACCAAGAAAGAAAUUCCACUGGGAUGACACAAUUAGAACUUUAUUAUGUAACCUCGUCGAGAUCAAAUUGGGAUGCUAUGAGUUGGAGCCAAAUAAAAGCCAGUCUGCUGAGGAUUAUCUUAAAUCCUUCAUGGAAACAGAGGUGAAGCCCUUGUGGCCUAAGGGCUGGAUGCAGGCGAGAAUGCUUUUUAAGGAAAGCCGGAGUGUACAUAAUCAUCUUACUUCUGCUCCGGCAAAGAAAAAGGUGAUUCCUGCACCCAAACCCAAAGUAAAGGAGGUGAUAGGAAAGAACCUUCCUCUCCAUUCUUUCCCCACUAUGCUUAAGGAGUGUAGCCCAAAAAAGGACCAGAAAGCUCCUGCAUCCUUGGUGGCUUCAGCCAGUGGUCCUUCCACAAGCUCCAGCACUUCUGUUGUUGCCUCAACCAGCUCCAGCUCAACACCAGCCCAGGAAACCAUCUGCCUCGACGACUCCCUAGACGAAGACCUUUCUUACCACUCACCUUCACUAGAUCUUGUUUCUGAAGCUUUAGCUGUCAUCAACAAUGGGAAUAAGGGCCCUACAGUUGGUCCAAGAAUAAACAUGCCAACUACAAAACCUCGUCCAGGACUGAGAGAAGAAAAAUUAGCAAGUAUCAUGAGUAAGCUGCCACUGACUACUCCCAAAAAACUAGAUUCUACUCAGACUGCACAUUCAUCGAGUCUUAUUGCUGGCCACACUGGGCCAGUACCAAAGAAACCCCAGGAUUUAGCUCAUACUGGCAUCUCUUCAGGCCUUAUUGCUGGUUCUUCAAUUCAGAACCCUAAAGUUUCCUUAGAACCUUUGCCAGCCAGGCUACUUCAGCAAGGACUACAAAGGUCAAGCCAGAUUCAUGCUUCUUCCUCUUCGCAGACUCAUGUCUCCUCUUCCCAAGCCCAAGUUGCUGCCUCCUCUCAUGCUCUGGGAACAUCCGAGGCCCAAGAAGCUUCUUCAUUAACACAAGUAACAAAGGUGCACCAGCAUUCAGCUGUCCAACAGAACUAUGUGUCUCCAUUACAAGCAACCAUUAGUAAAUCACAUACCAACCCAGUGGUGAAAUUAAGUAAUAAUCCCCAGCUUACCUGUUCAUCCCCACUCAUUAAGACUUCAGAGAAGCCACUUAUAUACCGCCUUCCCUUAUCUACGCCCUCGCCUGGAAAUGGUUCUCAGGGGUCCCACCCCCUGGUUUCUAGGACAGCACCGAGCACCACUACCUCUAGUAACUAUUUAGCCAAGGCUAUGGUGUCACAGAUUUCCACGCAGGGUUUCAAAUCUCCUUUUUCAAUGGCUGCAUCCCCAAAACUUGCCGCAUCUCCCAAACCUGCUACAUCUCCCAAACCCUUGCCCUCACCCAAGCCUUCUGCUUCACCCAAGCCCUCUCUUUCAGCUAAGCCUUCAGUAUCAACUAAACUUAUUUCUAAGUCCAACCCCACUCCCAAGCCUACUGUAUCCCCAAGUUCUUCCAGUCCAAGUGCACUAGUAGCCCAGAGUUGCCACUCCACCAGUAACAACCCAGUUCAUAAACAGCCCAGUGGAGUCAACAUCAGCAGGCAGUCUCCCACCUUGAAUUUAUUGCCCUCUAAUCGCACUUCAGGCCUUCCAUCUACAAAAAAUCUUCAGGCCCCUUCAAAACUAACAAACUCAUCAUCCACUGGAACUGUUGGGAAGAACAGCUUGAGUGGAAUUGCAAUGAAUGUACCUGCCAGCAGAGGUAGCAACCUUAACUCAAGCGGAACUAAUAGAACUAGUCUAUCUGGGGGAACAGGAAGUGGAACACAGGGUGCUACUAAACCGUUGUCUACUCCACAUAGACCAUCUUCAGCCUCAGGGUCUUCAGUGGUAACAGCCAGUGUGCAGUCCACAGCAGGAGCAUCAUUAUUGGCUAAUGCCUCACCUCUGACUCUCAUGACAUCACCUUUGUCUGUAACAAAUCAAAAUGUGACUCCUUUUGGGAUGCUGGGUGGCCUUGUUCCAGUGACCAUGCCCUUCCAGUUUCCCUUGGAGCUACUUGGCUUUGGAACGGACACAGCUGGAGUGACAGCCACCUCAGGAUCUACCUCAGCCGCUUUCCACCAUAGCCUCACUCAGAAUUUACUAAAGGGUUUACAGCCAGGAGCUCAGCAUACAGCAACACUUUCCCAUUCACCUCUGCCUACACAUUUACAGCAAACAUUUAAUGAUGGAGGCCAAAGUAAAGGGGACACUAAGUUACCACGGAAAUCUCAGUGACUUCUCAGCAAGCAGAGAGAUGAGACGUGUAGCUGGCUGACGGGAUCUACCUGAUGGGAAAGUCCUUAUGUGGUCACAGGGCUGCUGUUUCUGUCGAUGUUUACAUUCUCGUCCCAAGCACUGUGGUGAGGAGGAAAAGGAAAGAAAACAUUACUUGAGCAAAGCCAGGUGCAGGAGGAAGAAAUGCUUUUGUGCAAAGUUAGUGACCUUUGGUCUCUGCUAAAGAAAGACAAAGUUACCAUGUUACCUGACUUGAAAGAGACUCAGCUGUCAAACCCACAGAAGUACAAAUUAUUUUCCCCUGGGGGAGGAAGGAGGAAGUUGAGAGGAUUUGGGUAAACACCAUCCAUCCUGGGGGUUGGCUCUGAACACUUGUAGACAUAAUUGAAUAAUAAAAGCAAUAGAUCUGGAAUUAGGCUAGUUUGUCAGGAGUAAUAAUCAUGCCUGUUUAAGUGGACAUUUAGCAAAUUUGCAACAAAA